CCGAGAGCCGGUGCCGCUCUAUCGCCGUAUGCUCUUCUCCGCAGCGUGUGCCGCCUUCGUCGUCCCUUCCCUCGGCGGCGGCGCACGCCUGGCGGCACACGCCUCCCCGCCGCUCUCCGGCCAGCAGCCGGCGCCGGCCUUCGGCGAGCAGCCAUCAUCGCGUGAUCGCGCUCACCCGCCUUGGGCCGUCGCGCCGCCACACCGCAUGUCAUCGCAGCGCAGCGGCCUGAUCACGAUGAAGGGCAAGAAGGGUGGCAAGCCGAAGGGCGAUAACAAGUUCAAGGCGGGCGGAAAGAAGCAGCAGGGCCAGCAGGAGAAGAAGAGCGUCAAGGACAGCCGCAUGGCGGAGCAGACAAAGAGCUUCAUCUACACGAUCCUCAAGCUCACAAAGGCGCUCCCCGACGGCUCGCGCACGCUCAUCAAGAACAUCAACCUCUGCUUCUUCCCCGGCGCAAAGAUCGGCCUCGUCGGCUUGAAUGGCGCCGGAAAGUCGACACUGAUGAAGAUUAUGGCGGGCGUCGACACCGAGUACGACGGGGAGUGCACGCCGGCGCCGUGGGCGUCGGUGGGCUACCUGGCGCAGGAGCCCGAGCUCGACGGCGCCACUGUGCAGGAGUCGAUCGACGCGGGCGUGGCGCAGGGGCGGGCGACGCUGCAGCAGUUUGAGCAGCUCAGCGCAAAGGUCUGCGAGCCGCUGAGCGACGAGGAAAUGGAGGAGGCGCUGUCGGAGCUCGGGCGAGUGCAGGAGACGAUCGAGGCGCAGGACUUGUGGGAGCUCGACCGAACUGUCGAGCGAGCCAUGCAGCAGCUGCGCUGCCCGCCCCCAGAGGCGGACGUCACGACGCUGUCGGGAGGGGAGCGGCGUCGCGUCGCGCUGGCGCGGCUGCUGCUCGAGGGCACACGGCAUGCUCUGGUCGGGCACGACCGCUACUUCCUCGAGAAGUCGUGCGGCUGGAUCCUCGAGCUCGAGCGGGGCGAAGGCAAGCCGUUCGAGGGCAACUACGCCGAGUGGCUCGAGCAGAAGGCGGAGGCGAUGCGGCAAGAGCGCAAGGCGGGCCCGCGACCCUCUCGGAGCCUUCUCGGACCCUUCGCACAGGCGGACUCGCGGCUGCAGAAGACGCUGCAGAGCGAGUUGGAGUGGGUGCGCUCGAGCGCCAAGGCGCGGCAGACAAAGUCCAAGGCGCGGCUCGCGCGGUACGAGGAGAUGCUCGACGCGCCGCAGAAGGAGGAGCUGUCGCACUCGGCCUCCAUCUACAUCCCUCCCGGCCCGCGCCUCGGCAAGCAGGUCGUCGAGGCCAAGGGCGUGCGCAAGGGCUUCGGCGAGAGGACGCUCAUCGACGGCCUCACCUUCUCCCUGCCGCCGGGCGGCAUCGUCGGCGUGGUCGGGCCGAACGGCGCGGGCAAGACGACCCUCGCCCCGGACGAGGGCGAGCUCGUCGUCGGCGAGAGCGUCAAGAUGAUCUGCGUCGACCAGUCCCGCGAGUCGCUGCAGGGCGACAACUCCGCGCAGCAAAAGCCGCUCUCCAAGCUGUCGGGCGGCGAGCGCAACCGCGUGCAGCUUGCCAAGGUGCUCAACUUGGCGGCGGAGGGCGACGCCGAGUGGGUCUGGUUCGAGGGCAACUACCAGGAGUACGAGGAGGACUACAUUAGGCGGAAUGGAGAGGUGGCCUGGAAGCCGCCAAAGUUCGCGGCGCGGAACCUGGUCGGUGCUACAUAA